UCAACUUCCAGUUCCAGGCACGGAUUGGAGGCUGGAGGAGCAGAGGGAUUUCAGAGUUCUUCAAUGUUGUCCAAUCCCAUCAACUCCCUCCCCAUAUUUCGGGCUUACCUCAAUCCCACCAACCACCUCACAGCCACAGCCACAGCCACAGCCACAGCCGCCGUCGCUUUCCGCUUCCGCCAUCGCUUCCUCCUUCGAACUUCCCUCGAGAGUGCUCAUCUUAGUGCUGUGCCCCAGUUGAAUGAUAUAUUCCAUGGAAGGAUACUUCAAUUUAAUAGGUUUAGCUUCUGCCAUUGGUCAUUUCUUGCUUUAUCUGAUGCAUUGAUGGGAUUAAGUUUCUUCAACGGAGAUGAUCGGGGAAGAAGUGAUGCUAACAAUGUAGGCAGCAAUUUGCAGUCGAAAACGCCUAGAAGAGACUUGUUUAACGAGCGGGGAUGGACCACCAUACUACUUGCUACUAAUGUCUUGGUAUAUGUAGCACAAUAUUUCUCCAAAGUUGAUCUCUUAUAUUGGGGGGCGAAGAUUAAUAGUCUUAUUAGUGAAGGGCAGAUAUGGAGGCUAGCUACAUCUUCGUUUCUACAUGCAAAUAUUGGGCAUUUGCUGGUUAACUGCUAUUCUUUAAAUUCCGUAGGUCCAACUGUUGAGAAUAUCUGUGGGCCUAAAAGAUUUCUAACUAUAUACCUCACAUCUGCUAUUACAAGUUCGGCAAUGAGCUACUGGCUAUGCAAAGCACCAGCAGUCGGCGCAUCAGGAGCUAUUUUCGGAUUGGUCGGAUCAUUUGCUAUGUUCAUCCUGAGGCACAGGGGAAUGGUCAAAGGUGCCGAAGGCGAUUUGAAGCAUAUAGGUCAAGUGAUUUUUUUGAACAUGACUAUCGGGCUGCUUUCUCAAGGCAUCGAUAACUGGGGGCAUGUCGGAGGAUUGAUUGGCGGGGCUGCUGUGUCUUGGCUCGUUGGCCCUGCGUGGGAGGUCAAUUCAAGAUCCCGGGACGGGAGAACAAGUUUUAGAGAUAAUGCUCCGAUUUUUUCACUCUUCAGGAAAUAUCCGAAGUGAAGUAGAGGCAUAACGGCUUAUAAUUACUUAUGGUUUGAAAAAUCUAUAUCAUUUUACUCUUUAAUUUAAAAACCAUGCAGUAUUACCUUGUAGUUUAAAAAAUAUUGCAUAAAAUAUUCGAAACUGUUUGUUCGAAUUGUACAGUAUCUUUUAAAAUAUAAAAUAAUGUUUGUUAUGAUAAGCAAUUUUUAGGGAAGACGCAUAGCUGCAGUUUUGUAUGAAGCUCUAGCAGUGAUGCUAAACUGGUACAUAGUGAAAUUUUCAUAAUAAUAUUAUUGAUGGAUAUAUCU